GAAGAGGCGGAGACUGGGCGGGGAGUAGAGGAAGUCAUUGCAUUCUCGGGCUCGGAGGACGAAGCUCUUCGGCGUACGUCUUGGUCUGCGAGUUGCAUUUGCAAGUUUAGUAAGCAUGGCUUCUAAUACAAAUGUCUUGAUGCGUCUGGUGGCUUCCGCAUAUUCUGUUGCUAAUAAAGCAGGAACAAUUGUCAGGAAAGUGAUGGCUGGUGGAGACUUGGGCAUAGUGGAGAAGUGUGGAGCUAAUGACCUGCAGACCAAAGCAGACCGACUGGUACAGAUGAGCAUUUGUUCCUCCCUGGCCCGGAAAUUCCCAAAGGUGACAAUUAUUGCGGAAGAGGAUCUUCCUUCUGAAGAGGUAAAUGAAGAACUACUUGAGGAUGGCCAGUGUGAGGAGAUACUGAAGAAAGCAUGUCCUCCUCAGUAUAAUUCUGUGAAAGAGGAAGAGCUUGUUAUAUGGGUUGACCCGCUGGAUGGAACCAAAGAAUACACAGAAGGCCUUCUUGAUCACGUAACUGUUCUUAUUGGAAUUGCUUAUGAAGGAAAAGCAAUAGCAGGAGUUAUCAACCAACCCUACUACAACUAUGAGGCCGGUGCAGAUGCAUCCCUGGGGCGGACAAUCUGGGGAGUCCUGGGAAUGGGUGCCUUUGGAUUUCAGCUCAAAGAGGUGCCUGCUGGGAAACACAUUAUCACCACUACACGGUCACACAGCAGCAAACUGGUCAAUGACUGCGUUAGUGCUAUGAACCCUGAUACUGUGGUGAGAGUUGGAGGGGCAGGAAAUAAGAUCAUUCAGCUUGUAGAAGGCAAGGCUUCUGCUUAUGUAUUUGCCAGCCCUGGGUGCAAGAAGUGGGAUACUUGUGCCCCGGAAGCUAUUUUGCAUGCUGUAGGAGGCAAGCUUACUGAUAUUCAUGGGAAUUUCUUUAAUUAUAAUAAAGAGGUCAAGCACAUGAAUUCAGGAGGUGUCCUCGCUACUUUAAGAAAUCAUGGCUAUUAUGCCAGUAGAGUUCCUGAGGCAGUUAAGCAAGCUCUUGUGCCUUAAAAGAUUGAUGGUACAUUCCUCUUAGUUGGGGAAAAAUGUCUGUAUUAUUUUUAGCCGCAAUUGGUUAAUGUUCGUGGAACUGGGUUAACUAUUCUUUCUGUCAUAAUGCUUCGAGAUCUACUUUUUUUUAAAAAAAAUUGUGUACGUAUAGUACUGGUUGAGAAUUUGACUUGAUUUUUUAAGUGGAAUAAUUGAAUUUCAUGUUGAACAUGACAAUUCAGUAUACAUUCCUACUGAAUAGCUGGAUUCCAGAUCAAUCCCAUUAGCUUAACUGAAGGAAAGAUACAAAAAUUGUAAUGACAACUGUAAUCCCACCUCUGUUGCCUUUUGAUGGUACCAAGUAAUCUUUGUAUGAAAUUGUAUAUAGUUUGGCUUUUAUAUGUAGAACAUGAUUUGUCUUGAGUGAAUUCAAAAUGUCAAAGAGAAUAAAGUAAUUUUUCUUAUA